UAGUUAAAAGAAUUAAGGAAGUAACUUCUUCUUCUUCUUUCUGAUUCUUCUUUUGCUUUGUUGGGUCACAGCUCACAAGGCAAGAAAAACAUGAUGUUUGAAAUCCAAUGCCAGAAUUAAGGUAGUACUACAGGAUUCUCUUGUUUUCAAGUCACCACACAAUAAAAAAAUGAUUAGAAAAUUAAAAAUAAAAUAAAAAAGUAACAAAAUUUUAAUAAAAGUAGAAAAUGAAUUCAAAUUUUGUUGGAAAGAAAUAUCCCAUUAAAAAUGUUUUGUGCAUUUUUACAAACUUUAGAAUAAGUGGUAAGAGCAUAAUCACUCAAUGGUCGUUUUUCUUUAUAUUGAUGUCACACAGUCAGCUUUGCUCCAAUAAUAGAAUAGAGGGAGAUUUUAUAAAUACAGAAAAUAAAUAAUAAUAAUAAUAAUUUUAUAAAUAUGAAGAAUAAUUUAUCACGUUUUGAACAAUGAGUCUGGGGUCAAGAUCUUAAAGUAUCUGGCCACUGGGAUGGUUGAAUUGACUGGCGAGCACUUCGGAGAAGCAUAGGAAGGCUCAUGGGCAAUUCCAGGAGCCUAAUUUCAAACAGGAAAAGAGGAUUUAAAAAGAAAGUGACCAAAACCAUGGGGCAACGGCCAACAGGGAGAAGAAAUAGUCAUUUUUGCUGACCAACAAAAACCAUACAUGGCAAGAAAGAACCCAAUAAAAUCUCAUGUCUCUGUCCUUGAAAAGGGUACCCAUAACCAUAACCAUAACCAUAACCAUAACCAUAUUCUAGAAGUACGACUUGUUCCCCAAGAAAAUUACUACUUUCAUUUAUUAUUAACCUAGCCAAACAUACCCUUCAAUUCAUUUCUGCGUCCACUCUCCACGUCUCCAUUUCAUAUUCGAAUACAUUUCUCUCGUUUCUUCUUCUUCUUCUUCUUAUUAUUAUUAUUAUUUUUUUUUUUUUUCUUUGUUGAAUCAAAUAGCAAUAGCACUCACCGUCUUUCUCAAUCUCUCUGAACAUUAUUAAAAAAUGAACAUGAUGAACACCGGAGGAGGAACAGACUCUGUUUUUAUGGAGAAAAAGCCCAAAACCAAGAUCGUAUGCACUCUGGGACCUGCUUCUAGAUCUGUUCCAAUGCUUGAAAAGCUUUUGAGGGCUGGUAUGAACGUUGCUCGCUUCAAUUUCUCCCAUGGAUCUCAUGAGUAUCAUCAAGAAACCCUUGACAAUCUCAGGGCUGCUAUGGUGAAUACUGGUAUUCUCUGUGCGGUCAUGCUUGACACCAAGGGACCAGAGAUUCGAACAGGGUUCUUGAAGGAUGCGAAACCCAUCCAGCUAAAACAAGGUCAAGAGAUCACCAUAUCUACUGACUACAGCAUAAAAGGCAAUGAGAAACUGAUUUGCAUGAGCUAUAAAAAGUUGGCCGAGGAUGUGAAGCCUGGAAUGGUUAUACUUUGUGCGGAUGGCACAAUCUCAUUUACAGUUCUAUCUUGCGACACAAAAGCAGGCUUGGUCCGAUGCCAGUGUGAGAAUUCUGCAGUUCUUGGGGAGAGAAAAAAUGUUAAUCUUCCUGGAGUUAUUGUGGAUCUUCCAACCUUAACUGAGAAAGACAAGGAAGAUAUCUUGAAGUGGGGAGUUCCUAAUCAAAUUGAUAUGAUUGCUCUAUCCUUUGUUCGAAAAGGCUCAGAUCUUGUGGAAGUAAGGAAACUGUUGGGACAUCAUGCUAAGAAUAUCCUUCUCAUGUCAAAGGUGGAAAACCAAGAAGGGGUUGCAAAUUUUGAUGAUAUUUUAGCAAAUUCAGAUGCAUUUAUGGUGGCACGUGGUGACCUUGGAAUGGAAAUUCCAAUCGAAAAGAUUUUUCUAGCGCAGAAAGUGAUGAUCUACAAGUGCAACAUUCAAGGAAAACCAGUUGUUACUGCGACCCAGAUGUUGGAGUCCAUGAUUAAGUCCCCCCGACCAACUAGAGCUGAAGCUACUGAUGUUGCCAAUGCGGUUCUUGAUGGUACUGACUGUGUGAUGCUCAGUGGUGAAACAGCUGCUGGAGCAUAUCCAGAACUGGCUGUUCGAACCAUGGCAAAAAUAUGCCUUGAAGCAGAAAGCACACUUGACUAUGGAGAUGUCUUCAAAAGAGUUAUGCAACACUCACCUGUGCCCAUGAGCCCGUUAGAGAGCCUGGCCUCAUCCGCUGUUAGAACAGCCAAUUCUGCAAAAGCAUCUCUUAUUUUGGUGCUAACCCGAGGAGGAAGCACUGCAAAAUUGGUGGCUAAGUACAGGCCUGGCAAGCCCAUUUUAUCUGUGGUUGUACCUGAGAUCAAGACUGAUUCAUUCGAUUGGUCAUGCAGCAAUGAAGCCCCUGCAAGGCAUAGCCUUAUUUUCCGUGGGUUGGUACCAGUUCUAUAUGCAGGAUCUGCUAGGGCAUCACAUGCAGAGACAACAGAAGAAGCUUUGGAUUUUGCCAUUCAACAUGCCAAGGCAAAAGGGCUAUGCAAGAUCGGAGAUUCUGUUGUGGCUCUGCACCGAGUUGGAACUGCUUCGGUGAUCAAGAUCAUUUAUGUGAAGUGAAAAUAGUUAAGUAGCUUUUCCUAAAUUUUGCUUCUGGGGGGCUUCUCAUUUGCUGAGAAAGGAAGUUGCUUCUGGUGCUGAUAAUACCAGAUCUUUUUUGUCCCUUGUUUCUUUGUCCUUUUUAUGGUCUCUUACCUGCUUCCUAAAAUUCUAAUUUUCUUUUUUCUUUUUUUUUUUUUUUUCAUUUUUGGCUUUUCCUGUUCCUUUUAUGAAAUAAACCGCAGUUAUCAGUAAUAUUGUUUUGAUGGGGAAUCA